CUCCCCUCUCUCCUGUCCGGCAACCCUUCCACCUCCCUUUCUCGGCGACCCUUCCGGCCUCUAAAUGAAAUGAUCAUCUUCACCACCCACCAGGGAUCAACGGUGAACGGCCUAGAGUAACCCAGUCGCAACACUUCUUCAUCAUGGACCGUAGGCUCCACAUCAACCCCUUCAUCAAUGAGCAAGAAGAAGACCCCCAAGGCUCGUCCGAAACUGCCCCGGACUCUCCCCUUUCGGGCGACGAGGCCAAGUUGGCGGCCACCCCGUCUCCGAAAAAGAGUAAGAGGGGUGUACAGAAAAGAGUGGUGUCAGUGCCGAUCGGAGGCGUUGAUGGAUCACGGAGCAAAGGAGAGGCAUAUCCACCGUCCGAUUCGUGGGCCUGGAGAAAGUAUGGGCAGAAGCCCAUCAAGGGCUCUCCUUAUCCCAGGGGGUAUUAUAGAUGCAGCAGUUCAAAGGGCUGCCCAGCCAGAAAACAAGUAGAGAGAAGCCGUGUGGACCCCACCGUGCUCAUAGUCACCUACGCCUGCGACCAUAACCACCCUCUGCCCCCCACCAAGCACCACCAUUCCACCGCCCCCGCCGCUGUUACCGCCACGGCCACCAUCGCUACCCCAUCCCCUAAAUUCCCACCGGAAGAAUUCGCUGUCUUUGCGAGCCAACCUGAUCUCGAACUUGGCGGUGAUUCCUUACUCGCCGACGGCCAUUUCUCUUGGUUCUCCGAGGUGUCACCAACCUCCCUGGCCAUGCUUGAGAGCCCGGUUUUUGUAGGAGGUUAUUCGGCCGAAGAUGACGUGGCGGUGUUCGCCAUGGGAGAAGAGGAAGAGUCCUUGUUUGCUGAUCUCGGUGAGUUGCCGGAGUGUUCAUUGGUUUUCCGGUGAAGCGUGCGUUACAGUGCAGAUACUCCAUUGUGUGGCGGUACAGGAUAAGGCCCCUGCAGCUUCCAACUUGGUCACUCCUAUCAACAGCUGAUAUUGUAAUCACCAGGUCCGGACCACGCCCUUAUAUCAUGACUUUUCACAUGUAAAUUUUUUAUUUUUUAUUUUCCUUUUCUUUUUCUGCCACGAAUCUCACUGUAAAAA